AUGGCUGAGAAUUCUAAGGAGGAGAACAGCUCAAACAAAGCUAAACCAGUUGUUGAUCUGGGAAUUCUUGAAGCGGAUGAUGAUUUCGAGGAAUUUCCGGCAGAUGGUUGUGCGACUGGUUCAUGUGAAGAUAAUGGCGAAGUGUCGCUCUGGGAGGAUAACUGGGAUGACGAUAUUGUAGAGGAGGAGUUUUCAACGUUGUUAAGAGCUGAGUUUCAAAAAUUGGGAAAAGCAUUCGUCCUUCCUGAUAUUGUACCUCCUAGGGUGUAA